UCCCUUAUUCAGUCUGUGUCAGGGGAUGUGUGAGGGACUAGAGGACAAAGUUUGUCAAACUCAGUUCACAACUAGUUUGCUUUUAUGUUGUGUGAAAAGAAUUUUGUUUGAAAAAGAAAAGAACUCAUCCUGUCGAGGUAUCAUCAGUUUGCGAUACCAAAUGGCUCCUAAGGCUAAGAAGUCUUUGAAGAAGAAGGAUUCUGACUCAUUUGGAGAGAAGGAUCCUUUCAAGCUCAAGAAGGAGAAGAAGGAUGCUGAGAAGAAGAAGAAAGAGAAAGGCUACAAGACAUUUGAGGCGGCUGAGAGCUUCUCAGAAGAAGAUGAUGAAAGAGGGAAAGGAAAGAAGAGAGGCAGUCUGUUCAGAAAUCGCUUUGCUCCUUCUGCAAAAACCAAACCAAAGGAUAAAGUCAAGGGAGAUGAGAAAGAUGGAAAGACAGAAGAGCGAAGACCCAGCAAGGAUAAAGCAAAGGAGGAUAAGAAGAUGAAGAGUAGUGGUGAAGAGAAGAAGAUGAAAGCAAGCGCAGAGGAGAAGAAGGUCAAAGGAAGCAGUGAGGAGAAGAAGAGGAGUAAAAGCAAAGAGAGGGAAAAGCUCAAGAAGAAAGCUCACACCAUUGAUGUGCCCUAUGUGAAACCAGAGCCAAUAUUUGGGAUACUUUUGGAAGAUGCUGUUGCCAAAUCUAAGCUGUAUGAUAACAUUGAGCUACCUAAGAUUGUCCGAGAGUGCAUUGACUACGUGGAAGAAUUUGGACUCACAACAGCAGGUAUCUACCGUCUGUCUGGGGUGAAAUCCAAGGUGGAGGCUUUGAAGGCACAAUACAACAACAACAACGAGAAGGUCAAUCUACAGGAUUGUGAUCCCACCAUCAUUACCAGCCUCUUUAAACUGUACCUCAGAGAACUGCCGGAGACAAUCUUGACCUCCAGACUUACUCCAGUAUUUGAACACGCUGCAGGUCUGACCACAUUGGAGGAGAGACUAGAUGCAUUCAAGAAGCUCCUAGGUCAGCUACCAAAGUGUAACUACACCCUUCUUUCAUGGACAGUCGUCCACUUAGCUCAUGUAUUAGAAAAGAAAGAGGAAACAAAGAUGACGAUACAGAACCUGUCCAUUGUGAUGUGUCCGACCAUGAGGAUUAGCCAUCGUACUAUGAACAUUCUAUUCACAUAUUGGAAGGAGUUUUUCAGUGAUGUCAAACUCAAGAGGUGCCCCAAACCUCUUGAAUGGAUACCAGGGACUACAUUUGAAAUUCCAGAAACCACAACGGAGCUUGAAGAGGAGCUACUCCGACAUGAAUUGAUUCUUGCCAAAAUGCAUGAGGAGCUUAAUAGAGGGGUUGCUCACAAGAGCACAGAAGAUAAUCUAUGGGAGGUGCAGAGAGUAGUCACACAACUAAAGAGAAAGUUACGAGUGAGCAGAAGAGUCUCUGAGACUAGACUAGCAGCGAAGGAAAAGGAGAUGGAACACAAGGAUACCAAGACGUCAUCAACAUCAUCAUCUAAAGAACGUUCUCCUGUAAAGACAAUGUCUCCAACACCGGCAGCAUUGAAAGAGGAUGUCAAAGAGACACCCACUGAAGUUGAAAAGCCAGCUGAUGCUCCAGCUCCCGAGGACAAGGCAGAAGAACCUGUAAGUGGAGAUGAUGAGGUUGAUGUUUUCCAGGAGAAAACAGAAGAAGACGAAGAACAAGUCAAGGAGGAGACGAAGGAGGAGAUGAAGGAGGAGGCGAAGGAGGAAAGUAAAGAAGAAUCAAGAGCUGAGAGUGAGGAAGAGGUAGAGAAAGAAGAUGAACCAGAGAAAGAAGCUGAGCCAGACCUAGAAAUGAUGAAACUCCUGCUCCUGUCACAAGCCGAGGUGGUUGCAGAGCACGAUGAGUUGAUGAACAUCCGCAACGAGCUCCAGAAGCGCAUCGAGGCUGAGCGACAGGAGAUCGCCAAGCUACAGUCUGUCAUCUCUGAAGCUAAGCAAUCAGCCAGGAGGAGAGGGGCGUCGGUGGAUAGCCUCGACAGCUCUGUCGCAUCAGAGAGUAGCAGUGAAAGUGAGGAUGAAGAAGAGUUACAGAGGAUACUAGAAGGACUGAUCAGGGAGAAUGAGGAAUUGAGACAGCGGAAAAACAUGCAGUUGAGUCAUAACAUCCACAACGAACGCGAGGCCUGUGCAGAACUACGUGUCCAGAUCAAACUACAGGAACAGAUGCCUCAGAUGCUGGAAGCACUGGCCAAAGCUGGUAUCAAGGACACUUCAUCCAGACAAAGAUCUGGACCUAAAGAUCCCUCAGGCAAACCCAAGAAAGUUGUUGCAAUAGUAGCUGAACCUAUCAUAGAGUCAUCAGCAGAGAAGGACAUACCUACGAAUAAGAGCAGAGAGGACAAGAAUGAAAAUAUCAAUUCCAACAAUAGUCCAGAAGUUCUGGAGGAGAAGAAUGUUGAUGAUGCAGGGAAGGCAUCAUCUGGUGUUGUGGUGGAGAAAGAGACUACUCAGGAUAGACAUCCAGAGGAGACUGCCCUGUGAGACAAGCGUGAAAUGAAAUAUGACUUAUUUCUUUCUGUAUCAUGUCGCUUGAUGUAACCUGCAAAGGGAAUCUUCCCGCAUUGGAACAUCCUAGAAGAUCUUUGCCCAAGUUAAUUUUUGUUGUAAGCCUCAAAGGUUUUUUUUCCUUUUCUGUGGUACAAACAUCAUGGUGAAUAUAAUCAUAUUUUGAUUGGAUGAAAAGAAAUAUUACAGGUGAUAAUAUUUGCCAUCAUGGUAGUUGCUUUCUUUGUCAAACUUUUAUCGUGAAGCAGAUAUAAAGAAUCAAAAAGAAAAGAAGUUAGAUGUCUCACAAAACAUUGCAGCACUUCCCUUUUUAUAGGGAUCUUACAUAACCCUAAACAGAUCUCCAAAUAAUAAAGUGUAACUUUGUAGAGUUGAGAAGAAGAUUUGCAGGAAUAUUACAUGCAACUUACUCAAGAGAAAGUAUAAUUUUUUCUUCAAUAAAACAAGAUCAUGAACCUGGAAUAUUUUCUUUAGAUUACACUCUAUAAAGGAACAUUCACUAUCAGCAUUAAAUGCAUGUACCUUGAUCUGAGCCGUUUCAUAUUCAGGUAGGGAAAAAAGCUCAGAUUCUAAAUGCUGAGACUAUUCAUGGUCUGAGAUUUAGUUGUUGGCAAUAAUCAUUAGUUAUUAUACGAUUCCACCAAUGUUUUCUUGCCAUAUUCUUUUUUUCAGUAAGAACGAUCUGUAAUAUACUGAUUCUAACUGUACCUGGUCAUCAAAAACAACGAUUAUCAAUAGUAUUGUUUAUCAAUGCCCUUUUUUUGUACAUGUAAAUACAACCCAACUUUAGAAUUUCUAUCGUAAAAUUUCGCAAAUAUCAUCAACAUUUUUUGCUGAGUUGUAAUUCAUGAUCUCAGAGAAUUACUCAUUAUAUGAUAGAACACUCUUUCUAUGUAAACCCCUUCUUUGUCUGAAAUCAAUUUUCAAGUGUUUCAUUGUUCCAUCAUUUGGCAUAGAUAUACAUUAUUCCUUGCACUUUAAACAAAUGAAUAGUACCUUGAGGACCCUUGUCUAUUUUGUGCAUGUCUGCAUGGUGCUUCCUGCUCUAUUUUGUUGUCGGCCCCCAACUAUGCCUCAACCUAUGUUCCUUAACAGUUGUUCAUCUAAACUAGAGAUUCAAUUAAGGUGAGCAGCUAUUGAGAAAUUUCUAAAUCUAUUUCAAGCCAUGACAAUUAAGGAAGUGUUGUUUCAUAACUAUUGUUCACCAUGGGGCUUAUUUUCUGUUAUAUUAAAGACAAUGUUAAGUUCUGGACCUUGUUUCAUAAAAAAACAAGUUACAAUAGCUGUUUUAAGCUACUGAAAUUGUGGCAUUUGAUUGGCUUAGAGGAUAUUUGUCAUGAAUUAUGCAUUUGCUAUUGAUAUCAAGUCUUAUGAAACAGGGCCCUGGGCAUGCAAAUAGAUUGUGAAAGAACUGUCUGGAAGCUAGUUUUAAAGGUUGAUUUGUAUGACAAAAAUAAACUUUCUGUUAAUUAUGUGAUGUUCAUACUUCUUUAAUUCUUAAAUGUUUUCAUUUAAGAUUCUCUUGGCUAAUUUACUCAGGGAGUUGAUCCCUGCAAAUACAUGUAUACUGUUUAUCCCUUUCUUUUCACUCCUUCUGCAACCCUGAACCCACCCACAUAUUUUAUACUCCUUCUCAGUAUAUGCCAAAUAGCAUUCUUAUUUUUUCGUCAUCAAUAAGGCACACAUUUUUGCAGGGCUUUUAUUCUUGUCUUUUUAUCUCAAAGUAUAGGAGUGUUUAGAAACCAAACUUAUUUCAUGAAUUCUACAUCUGUUAAGAGCCUGUGAUGUAUACAAGUAUUACAAAGGGUUUGUGGAAUGGGGCAAUUGAUAUAAAAAAAAACUUUCAUGAUUCUUCACAUUCAGGCAGAUAUUGACACAUAUAUCAGUUAGAGAUAUAGUUGAGUACUGGUCAUGCAGUAUAACUUUUUUUGAGCAAAAAAUUUCCUAGAAGUUCUUGGGAAGUAAAUUGAAAUUGAUGUAUACUGUGAGGUAUUGGAAUUAUAAAAAUGACUCAAUCAUGCUGAAAAUCACUUGCAUUGCUCACAGAAAUAGGUAUAUAUAGAACUAUACUACACACAUGGCAUGUAUGUUUGGUCCAGCUGUUUUUCGUCAUAUUUGAAAUAUAAUGCAUUUGAAGAGCAAUCCUUGUCAAGGGAUAUUUCUACUAUGAUAUCUUUACAAACUGACCUUAAAAGAGUAUAUUAUACUCUUCCCUUAGGACUUUGGUAGUGAUCUGUAGUCUGCUAUGUGUAAUUAUAAUCAUUUGUAUUCAAGUGAACCAAAAUGUGUAGAGGCUGUAUUGCUAUAAUAUGAUACUACUUCCAUUAUUCCAUAUCUAUUGUGUAUUUAUCUAUUAUGAAUUUUAGUGUAUUUAAAUCACUUUAAUGUUCUAAUCCAUUCUCAUUCAGUAGAUCUACUUGACACUGUCACAUCAUAAAUAUAAUUUACCAAGUACUCUGUGACAUACAUAUAUCUUGUUAGGUCCCCCAUACCCCCCCCCCCCCAACAUUAAAAGCUCAAGUGUUAUUUCCAUAAUUCUGCCUACCCUACUAAAUUUGUUUAUUCUUUGAUAUCAUUAUGGAAAUGAUUCAAUACUUCUUAAUACUUUGAAAGUCACAGAGUUUUACCUCAACAAUGCAUUAUCAAAAAUAGACUUGAUCUCAAUACUAGAGCAGGACUCUAGUUUUCAUACGAUCUAUUCAAAUGAAAAGUACUGCUAUGUGUAGUUGACACUGCUUCUUACCUUUGUAGGGGCAAAGAUUUUCACAUGCUUCACAAAGAAUGGCGAUAAAGUGCUAUUUGCGUAUUCUGCUAAAGUGUGUAAAAUUUCUUUGACUUUGAAUGUAGUCAUUCAUUCAUUCGUCAUGAUAUAUCAUUUCUUUAAGUUUUCAAGAUCAAAUGCAGCCAAAAAGUCAAACUGUAGUUUAUCACUUAAGACUUGUUGAGAUAUGUAGUGGUAAACCGUAGCCUUUUUUUUAAAGCAAGUAAAUGAAUGGCAACUGGAUGCUACAUUGAGUUUUGUGUAAUUAGAUAAAGAAACGUGAAGCGUAUUGUACUUUGGGUCAAUAUUUGAAGAAAAAAGAAUAUAGUUUACUGCUUCAUAUCUGAACAAGUCUUAAUCAUAGCAUGACAUUUUAGAAGUAGACAAGUUUUGCAAAAUCUUAUAAUUCAUACCUGUAUGCAUUAGAUUGUUGAUCAGUCUCCGUUUCAUUUAUCUACUUACCUUCAUGUGUAGUGCUGUAGUGUAAAUACAAUGAUAUGUACAUGUUCACCGAAACAAGAAAUAAAUAUUCAUUGAAAUUAAUCAA